CUAAGAGAAUGUGACACUGCUGUAGAGCGCUGGGCUAAAGGUGGCAGCUUUAAAAGGGCUUUUCUGUGCUUCUGGGCUUUUUCUGUCGGAGAGACGCAAAUUGAGACGAGACGGAGCUGAACUCAAUAGCAGGAUGAAGACUGCAGUCACUGUUGGGCUGAUCUUACUGUUCGUGCAUCUGGGCAGCUCCUUACUGAUUGGCGCUUUUAACGUCCAGACGUUUGGCAACAAAAAAGCAUCCAAUGCCACACUGCUGGACAUCAUCAGCACAAUCGUGCAUCGGUACGACGUUGUCCUCAUCCAGGAGGUCAGAGACAGUGACCUGUCCGCAACUGACAGGCUGAUGCAGCAGGUGAACAAGGGGGCCUCUCCGUACACUUAUGGGCAUAUCGUGAGUGAACCGCUGGGGAGGACCACCUACAAAGAGAGAUAUCUGUUCAUCUACAGGCACGAGACGGUGUCAGUCGUUAAGAACUUCACCUAUGACGAUGGAUGUGAACCAUGCGGAACAGAUACAUUCAUGCGAGAGCCGUUUGUGGUGAUGUUCUCUUCUAAUUUCUCAGUUGUGCAGAACUUCGUCCUCAUCCCUCAGCACACGUCACCGGACUUCGCAGUGGAUGAGGUGGACGCGCUGCACGAUGUGGUCGUCUACACCAGGCAGCUCUGGAGCACCAAUGACAUUUUGCUGCUGGGGGACUUCAACGCUGGCUGCACCUACAUUAAAGCCAAAGACUGGCCAAACAUUCGACUGUACACCGACCAGUCGUACCACUGGUUAAUCCCCGACACUGCGGACACGACUGUCACGCACACAACCUGCCCCUACGACAGGAUUGUAUCCACUGAAGACAUGAUGAGAGGUGUCCUUCCCGACACGGCACAAGUCUAUGACUUUAUGGCCGACCUGGGACUCAGCCACAGCUGGGCUCUGGCGGUCAGCGAUCACUUCCCCGUUGAGGUCCAGCUCAAAUAAGCUGCUUCGUCAGCACACGAGGAGUCAGGUAUCCUGACUGUUGAGACAUGUAAGCCUCAGUGUGGUGUUCAAGUCCAAAAAUACUUUCAAUCCUUUUACUUCUAAACUGCCAUUUUUGUUGUGGCAUAAAAUAGCUGCUAUUUCUCUCGUCCACUGAGCGAAGAACACUGAGCUAAAUAUCUGAUUUAAAUCAAAUAUAUCAUUCAAGCUUUCCAACUUUAGCUAGAGCGUUAUUUUUCUGUUACACACUUACAUAUUUUUUUUAUUCUUAUUUUCAGUAGGACUGAAAUCCGUGCAAACACCUUUUCAAUAAAUGACGUAAUGCUUGGGAUGAUACUGGAUGACAGCAGUAUGGAUCUGUUAAUGUUGCCAUUAUUUUAGGUAAAUAUUAUAUUCAUAAAUGUGAAUAUAUGACAGCACAACCAAAAUUUUUUAACGUUUUCAAAAUAGAAUUGUCUUUGUAUGUGCUCCCUCUGAAGCACAUGCACUCUUACAAAAGAUGGUUCUUUAGUAAAGAAAAUGGUUCUAUAUAGAAUCAUGAACACUCAAAGAACCCUUUGCAUGAUUAAAGGGUACUGUUGCGUCAUGAAAUGGUUCUUCAGAUUGAUGGAGAAUGUGCUGUAGAUGGUUCUAUAUAGAAUGUUUUUGACAAUGUAUGGCGUCAAGCUCUUAACAAUAGAAGACCCCUUUUGGGUGCUAUAUAGAACCAUCUAUAGCAUAUUCAUGAACAUUUUCCAUCAAUCCGAAGAACCCUUUCAUGAUGCAAAAAACCCUUUAAUCAUGCAAAGGGUUCUUUGAGUGUUCAUGGUUCUAUAUAGAACCAUUUUCUUUACUAAAGAACCCUUGAAAAACCAUCUUUUUUCAGAGUGUGUGUCAGGCUCCAGUCCUCACAGGCCAGAACUCUGCAGACUUCAUCACGCUGCCUCAUUAAACACACCUGAUUCAGCUCAUCAGCUAAUCAGCAAAGCCUUUAUGAACUGAGUUCAGAGCUUUAGAUGAGGGUGAACGCUGAGCUCUGCAGCACUUUGGCCUGGAAGGUCCCCAGUUUGACACGCCUGCUUUAAUGGAAAUGAUGCAUAAGGAUGCAUAAACUUUUAACAGUUUUGCUUCAAAAAUGUUGUUUUUUUAAGACCCCUAAUGAUAUAUUACUUUCACUUAGAAAAUUUUAUUUGUUUUGUUUUGCGUUGCUUGGUACAACUGAUCAUUGUCAACGUGUUUUGUAAUGCCUUAAAUGUUGAUUUUAUUCUCCAUUAAAAAAAAAAUAAAUAAAUCAGCACAACCACACGACACCACAGUGUGACUGGUGACCUAC